AUGGGCGCAGAAAAAUCUUCACACUUGCAGGAAACGCAUGCGCGCAGAGGAAACCAACUGGUUUUUGUCAAAUCGAGGCAGACGGAUGUGAUCGAGCUGAAAAUCACCUGUAUUCUGGCAUUCAUGUCCAUGGGCUCAGAGCGGGUGGAGAUGCGCAAGAGACAGAUGCAGGUUCAUCAGGAAGCAGCUGUCAGUGUCCUCCAAGCGCGCCACAGAAUGGGAAACACCCCCACCAACGCCUCGAACGCCUGCUGCUUCUGCUGGUGCUGCUGUUGUAGCUGUAGCUGUUUGACUGUUAGGGGUGAAGAUGAAACCAUUCAGAGAUCUACAUUUGAGCACAGGACCGAAGGAAACAUUAAUUGUGAAGAAAGCCCAAAGCCCACUAUGGAAGACGCUUGCUCGUGGGCGGUGUCAUUCGAGAAGGUGAUGAAAAGUGCAGCCGGACGGAGCUGCUUCAGGCAGUUCCUGAGGACAGAGUUCAGCGAGGAGAACAUGAUGUUCUGGCUCGCCUGCGAGGACCUCAAAAAGGAGACUAACAAGACAGUGGUGGAGGAGAAAGUCCGUCAAAUAUACGAGGACUUCAUCUCCAUCCUCUCUCCUAAAGAGGUCAGUUUGGAUUCACGUGUUCGAGAAGUAAUAAACCGCAACAUGCUGGAGCCGACGUCCCAGACGUUCGACGACGCCCAGCAGCAGAUCUACACGCUGAUGCAGAGAGACUCCUACCCUCGCUUCAUAAACUCGUCCCUGUAUGCGGAUCUGCUCAAGUGCUUGGAGGAGCCCCCUCCCGAGCCUUAGACUCUCCACUGCCACUCCAUUAGCUUUCCGGCGCAUGCAUCCCACACAGAGAAGUCUUAUGUUUAUAUAGGAGUCCUGCUAUUUAGAGAAAGACAGACAGGAAAAUGAACACCACUGAAGACCAGUUCGUACCCGGCUGUAACCGCUGUUUAUUUACCCACGAUUAGCUUACCCUCAGAGCAAACAAGAACAAAUGUUAGGUUCGGCAUCAGUUACUGUAUUUGUUCGAAAAAAAGAAAAGAAAAAAAAACAUAUCUAUAUUUUUAUAUAUAUACAUAUAUAUAUAUUCCCUAGCGCUUGACAUUGCACUUUUCUACCUUGUUUAAUGAAGGAAAGCAUGCAUCUGUGGAGCACUGCAUUUGUAUUUAGGUAUAUUGUGAGCCUUAAUGCAUAUCCAGUUCUUGUAGAAAAACUAGUAGAUUUUACUUAACUGUAAUUUAAGAAGAAGGAAAGUGCCUUGGAAUAACAUCUUGUACACAAGCACCUUUGGUCUACUGCGGACGGUGCAACGAUGACUUCACAUGUUGGUGCUUUCAGCUCUUCUCAAAGAUAAAAAGUUUGUACAAGUUGAUGAGCUGAUACCUGGAAAUCAAUCUUGUUUCUGUGUUUCAAUACUGUGAUAUUAGUCAUAUAUUUAAAUUGAUCAAAACAGGGAUGAAUACACUGAAUACAUGAACAUGACCACUGAUAUUUGUGUAUUUAAAGAGAAAGUUGUGUAAAAUAGAUAUUUGAAUUCUCACAAAUUAAA